UGUAGUAUCGAGGUCUUGACGCUCUAUGCGUGUCAUCAUACAGACAUUUUAAAAAAUUGUCCUAUGGUUGCUGUUGUGUUGUGGGUCGCGAUAAGAACUACAUUGGUUUAUAAAUAAACAUUUUAUUGAAUCAAUAUACGCUAUAAUCGUAAUAUAAAUGAAAAAAGUAACGCUUAAAAAUUGACGACACUGAUGUGAUGUGAAUUGUGAAAAAUUACAUAGAUUAUGUACUAAAACAUGUGUUAAUAAUAUCUGUGUUCAAGUUGGUAGAUCAGAUUCAAGCUUGAUAAAAAAUCAAGCUUACGAUGGCAUCGGACAAUGAAAAUGUUUCGGUUUCGGUCGUAACAGACAAUAACCCUGUUAUUAUAAACUGCUCUAACAAACGUACAGCUGAGGAAUUGUGCAUUUAUUUGUGUAAUAAAUACAACAUACCGCCCUUGACGCGAUCAUUGUUUGCGUUGAGAGUUAGAGGCACAAAUUAUUUCCUCAAAGAUAACAGCGAUGUCCUAUCAAGUAGUAGGGAUUAUGAAUUACGGAUUCGUUUCAUGGUACCAAAAUAUGAUGUUCUUUUCUCACCAAAUGAGAUUACAUUUGACUAUUAUUUCCAACAAGCCCGUAAUGAUAUCAAUGAGAACAGAAUUCCUGAAAUUAAAUAUCCGGAAUACAAGGAGCAGUUAUUAGGCCUCGGCAUCACUGACAUGGCGCGGGCUAUAAAAGAAGAACAACUUACUGUGAAUGAUGUUAUUAGAAGCAGAAAGAAAUAUAUGCCGAGGAUCAUACUCCGGAAACAUGGUCCGUUUCCUAUGAGGCGUGCUAGUAUGCACCUUCCAGCUAUAUGUGCACAAGGAUAUGGUGUCAGGCAUUAUAAGAAGUGUUACUUGGACCAACUGUAUACGUUGGCCCCAAACUAUCUUGCCGAAGAAUACGAAGAUGUGCUGUGGCUUAACAAUGAUACAGCAGUGUCUGUCAAAGUUGUAGUCGCACCAUUCCACAACCAAUACCCUGGAAUAAGAUUGUACAAUAGCAGUAAUAGAGAGUGGGUACAUAUUUGUACCAUCGAAGACUUGAUUUACCUGAUGAGGAAGGAAGAUAUUUCCUUGGAGGUAUCAAGAAAGGGUACUCCCUUGUUUUUUAAAUUCAAGACCGAGGAACAGCUGUCGUCAUUCAUCUCAGUUUGUGACGGAUAUUACAGGCUUAUGUUGAAGUGGAUUUUCAAUCUUUCGAAAGACGACGAGACGCCGUCCUUGCGGGAAUUAUAUAGAUUAAAGUGUCACGGACCUAUCAAGGGCGUCUUUUCUUACGGCAAGUUGGAAGUUAAACGUGGGAAAAAACAUGGAAGUUUUAUACUGAGACAGUCGCAAGAUGAAUAUAAUGUCUUCUUUGUGGAUGUUUGCAAUAAAAAUAACUCCGUCGACACGUACAAAAUUGAAUACAAGGGACACUGUUACAUGUUCCAAGGGGAGGAGUAUCAAAGUAUCGAAGCCAUCAUUAAACAACACAAGGACCCAGAGGGGAAAAUAUUUAUGAACGAAUGCCUGCCACCUUCUGAAUAUGAUGACUAUGAAUCUCAACUACUGCUUUGCAAACAACCCGAGAAGCAAGGCGUGCGCAUCGACCACUCCGAACUACAAGAAGCCCUGAAAAACAAUAAGAGUCCGCGAUGUCUGCUCAAUAAAGACAUCCUCUUAUAUACUGGCUCAGAAAAGUUCGGCAAAGGAGGGCUGACGAUGACCUGCAAAGCCAUUUGGAAACUGGACGAGACCAAGAAACUUAUUGUAGCGUUCAAAGCAUUGCAAAAGGAUGCGUAUUUAAAGGAGUUCGUGACGAUCGCCAGCAAAUUCGUGCACGUACAAUCCAGUUCCAUAGUCCGCUUGUACGGUAUCACAUUCAACUCGCCCACCGCUCUUGUACUGGAGUACAUGCCGUAUGGACCUCUGGACGACUAUCUAAAAAAGAACAGGGCAUCAGUGAAGCUUCUCCACCUGAAGAAGGUGUCAGCGAGUCUGGCUCGUGCUCUAUGGGACCUAUCCGAAGCGGGAGUGGUCCAUGGUCACAUUCGCUGCAGAAGACUGCUGGUGGCCGCCGCCGACUCCGACCGCCUUCUCGUCAAACUGUCCGGGCCAAGUGUGCACACCUACACUAGCGACGAUGUACAUUGGAUGCCGGUAGAUUUCUUCGCAGACAUGAACAUGGCCAAGCGUUCCGUCGUCGGAGACAUCUGGGCCUUCGCCACUACACUAUGGGAGGUGUUCUCUUAUGGAAUGUCCCCCACUGAGUUGAAUCCUGUUUUGACAGCGAAGAGCUACAUGAUGGAUAAUCGCCUGCUAUGUCCUGAACGAUGUCCGAGCGAGGUGUGGACCCUCAUCCUGCAAUGUUGGCAGUCCGACCCGUUGCGGCCGCAGGAGAUCAUGCGGGACAUCAACCACAUGCUGCAUAGAGAAUACGUGCCGACGCAUGAAUAUGAACAACCCAAGCUAACUAGUCAAUUAGCUCAUAAGGAUACUGUAGCGAGCGACAGAUAUAUGGUGACUGAACAAAGUGACGCGGGUAGCAAUAAAUCGCUCAUAUCCGACGGCAGCGCCAAUUCCAUGAAUGGAAUCAUUCCGCGGCAAUUCGAUACGAGAUUCGCCCCGUGCCUGGGCGGCGGCGAGCUGGACCUGGAGCUGGAGUGCGAGCUGGAGCUGGAGUGCGAGCUGGGCGACCGCCCGUGGCCCAUGCAGUCCAUCGAGUCGCCGCAGGGCACCACCUACCUCGUCAGCUGGAAGAAGAAGAUCGGCGGCGGAAGCUACGGGGAAGUGUACAAAGGCUGGAUGUGCGCCGAGGGUGAUAAAAACGAAUCUCAGACUGUAGUCGCGGUGAAGAAACUGACACAUCACAAGUCUAGCAAGAACGGCUCCCUCUACGACGAUUUUGAAAACGAGCUCAAGAUUAUGCAGUCUCUGAAGCACGACAACAUAGUGAAGAUCCUGGGUUUCUCCCUGGACCACAACAGCCCCGAGCCGAGCGUGUUCAUAGUGAUGGAGUAUCUGGAGGAGAGUUCGCUGAACAAUUACCUCAAGUUCCAGCAGGAGAAGCUGAACACCUGGCAUCUGCUCAAGUAUGCCACAGACAUUGCCACGGGCAUGGAGUACGUGUCGAGCCAGAACAUAGUCCACCGCGACCUCGCGACGCGCAACAUCCUGGUGGUGGACAUGUGCCACGUGAAGAUCUCCGACUUCGGGCUCGCGCGCAGCAUCCCGGAGCGGGACGCCUACCGCGUGCGCACGCCGCGGCUGCUGCCCAUCAACUGGUACGCACCAGAAUCAGCGUCUCACCCUUGGCUGUUUUCUACGAAGAGCGACGUGUGGUCGUACGGCGUUACCGCGUGGGAGAUAUUUUCGCGCGUUCGCACUGAAGUGCCCAAGUUUGAUGUCAAGAGGCCCAACGAGCGAGCUGCUUGUUUCCAAAUACCAGACGAGUGUCCGUCCGAGGUGUUCCGAGCGCUUAUGACGGAUUGCUGGGACCUAAAACCAGAGUUGCGGCCCACAUUCACCGACCUCAAACAGAGGUGCCUUCGGUUCAUGGACGAAUACAAGCAGUGUUCCUAAGAUGACUUCAUAAGCAGUCAUUGUAGGAGUAACGUUGUAUAGAAAACCCUUAGGAUAGUUUCACAGUUGUUCGGGAAAAGAAAGUUUAGUGUAAUAUGGAUACGCGCAUACAAAUUAUUGUAUAUCUAAUUUCUGUUGAAGAUGAGAGAAAAAGGAUAAUAGACCGAACCCGUAGAUCUUUUUUACGUCAGAACGUCAACAUGUUAAGAAAUGUCCAUGAGUUGAAAGGAGUGAAAUAAAAAAAGAAAGAGCGAUGAGUCAAUGCGUUUAAAUGUUUAAAUGUUAGAGUAUUUAGUUGGGCGAGUGAAAAGUUUUUGGAUGUGUGAAAAAGUGUUUGGGCGAGUGAUAGAGAGUAUUUUGGCGAAUGAUAGCGUCUUGAGCGUGCACGACUUAAGGACUUAUCCUAUUCAACCCAUCCCUACUGUUCUGAUGUGUACGGGUCGGUCCGGACGCAGAUCGUGGACCACUAUCCAGCACGGGCACUACCCGGAACAGGUCGCGUAUAGACAAAUCUGCUUCGCAAUACGUAUUAGCGCAAUGCUUUACGUUUUGAGUUCAAUUCUUUAAAAAAAAGGGUAGUGUGUUGAUAGUCUCAGUCUUUUGCUUUCCAAUUAUAAAAGAACACGAAUCGUCGAACUUUUUUACUUAGACUCUGAAACACUAUUGGCACAUGCAUGAAUUUUUUAAAGAAUUGAAUUGAUUUUUGGACACAUGUGGAAUCAACACACAUUUGACGUUAAUAUAGUAGUAGAUUCUGGUGCUACCAUGCAUUUGAUUGCCAGUGUUGAAUUUUUUAAUAGAAAGUUAAUAUGUUACACAAAUAAAGUUUGUAUCUUAUGUAGACAAUAUAUUCAAAUACAACGAAAGUUUUAGUGGGAUGACGUACUAUGGGAUAGAAAUAAGAAUAUCGUAAUUUUUUGAUGCCAUGUUCCACAAGUAUCUCAUGAGAAAUAAAAAGAAAUCUCAAUUUUUAUUUAAGAAGUCAUUGAUCUAUUUCUUCUAAUUAUACUUCUAAUAUUAAUUCGGGCGUAAAAUGUAGCUGUGAUUAAAUUUUAUACGUAUAUACACAUAGAUCAAUGACUUCUAUUAACAUGCCAUUUGUAUCUAUGUUUAUUAAGUUUAAAGUUGCAAUGCUUAGGCAGUAUCAGCAAUUAAUCUUGCCUAUGAUUUUUAAAUAUAUUUAAUUUCUUAAGUUUUGCUGUUCUUAUUAUACGUGUAAUUCAUUGAACUUAAUUAGUUCAUUUGUUCAAAGUUUCCAUUUGUUUGGAAAUAUUUUAUAUUACAGGGAAACGUUCACAGAGACUGGUUAAAUAUACGGGCUAUCCUAAAUAUUAUUUAUAUAUAUCUUGUUUUAACCUAACUUAUAUUUUGUAUUGUGUAUCGUGAACGAGAGUUAAUGAAUUUCUGAUCAUAAUGUAGUUGAUGUAAAUAUGGGUAUAAUGGUCAUGUGGUUCCUCAAUGCAUUUUGAUAGUUCCGUACAAUUUUUAGACAUAGAUUAGAACAUAGUGGGUGCAUAUUGUGUCCCUUAAAUAUUAAUGCCAUAAUUUGAAUAUUGAGCAACAUUUUUCCAUAGGUAACUCUUUUUCGUAUAAAAAUAUGCGAAAUCAUUAUUAUGCCAUUAAAAUAAAUGGGACCCAAAUUGAACCCGUACAUAGUUAAAUGUUUUUUAUUUAAUUUAAUUUGUUACAAUUAGAUGAGAGUAAGCGUAAGUGAUUCUCAUACUGUUAGAUCUUAGAAUGUGUAUGCAUGUUCUUAAAUUGGUGCAAUUUUAUGCUGUUGUUAUGCAUAUGACCUGACACAACUUUGUUAUAUGUGCCAGGAUCAAGUUGGUAUGUAAAUUGCGUAUUGUUGACCCAAUGGCCUUGGCUGUUCCCGUAUUUUUAUGACUUAAUAUCGGCAUUUGCAUGAAAUUAAUCAAUAUUCUACAAUACUUUAGUUUUAAACAAUCAUAAUAUUUAUGAGUCAAAAAAUUAUAUUCAACUUAUUGUGUAAUAGUACCUCAUUUAUGUUAAAUGGGUUUGCUAGCAUCUAUUUUUAUAUUAUUCAUGACGCACCAAUACAGAACGUUCCAAUUUCCAUGGUCAAUACACUUUUUUUCACAAUAAUGUUUAUUCGAUUGGUCUUAAGCAUUAUUGACUUACCAAAGAUGAUAUUAAUGGAAUGUUUAAUUUAGACAUUAACUUAUUUUAAGUAUAAGUUAAAUUGUAUUUUUAAAACUUGCAAUUCUUUCGUCAAUUUAAUGUACAUAUAAUGCACAAAGCGUCGUGUAGUUGUAUCAUAUUGUUAGUUAUGAUUGGUUAUAUAUGAUACAUAGGAAAUAUUUUAUAUUGUUUUAAAUGAAAUGAAUCGAUUGUAGUUUUAUAAUAACUUGAUUAUAAUUUUUUAAAUUUGAUGAGAUAGACUGACAUUUAGAUUUCUGAAUGAACUUCAUUCUAUAAAAUUAAAUUUGAGUCGGUGCUAGUUUUAGAAAACAACAUCGAAUUUGUGUGAAUAUUUCAACAAUUUUGUGGCUUAUUACAAAUUAUGACAUAUUAAUGAGUAAUCAACAAAACUUACUAUGUAUUAAUCAUUAUUUUAUAAAAUUUCUCUUUUAAUAUACUUUGUGAUGCAAGAAUAAUUAAGUUAAUUCCUGUAAAUAUUUUUAUUUUUAGAACAGGAUUUCUUUACAUCUUCAAUACACUUUUUUUGAAUAUUUGAAUUCCUUUGAUACAAUAUUUUCAUCUUUCAUUAUUUUUUGAGUUCGAGUUUAGUUUGAAGGCUUUCUACACAUUUAUCAAGUUUGAUAUUAGUAUUGUACUAGCAAGUUUUGUUAAUUAAUUAUUAUUUAUUGUCCACAAUAUUGAAAUUAGCUCUAUUGUAUAAUGGAUAAGGGUGGGAUCAAUUGUGAAAAUGUAAAGGGAACAUUUUGAAUUCUCUAGAUCAUACAGAAAAUGUACACAAUUGAUUGAUGAGUCGAUUUAAUAAAAAUAUUAAU